AUGUUACCUCGCUCUGAUGCUGUUCGUCAUUGGACGGACGGAGGCUUGGCACCUUUUCACCGGAAUCGAAGGAGAUUACACCUCGGAGCCAGCGUCAUCAGGAAUCUUCCUGUAAAGUUAAUUGACAGCUGGUCAAGAGGAAUGGGCCGUCGUCUUCUGGUGGAAUGGACCAUCGAAUCUCUUCGCCCAAAACUUCCAAUCAACGAUUACAUUUCAUCAAUUUAA